AUGACUGUUCCACAACUCUUCUACUUCGACCUUCGAGGUUUUGGAGAAUACAUUCGUCUCCUUUUCCGUGAUAACCAAAUCGAGUUUGAGGAUAUUCGUUUGGAUCAUGAGCCUAAAGACAAUCGUUUGGACCGUGGACUGGAAUGGCAGGAACUCAAAAAAUCCAUGAUAUUCGGACAGAUGCCAUGCCUCAAGCAUGACGGAAAAGAGUACGUUCAAACUGGAGCCAUCAUGCGCCACUUGGCCAGAAUUCAUGGCCUGAACGGAUCCGAUGAGGACGAGGCAACAUUCUUGGACAUGUUCUUCGAAGGUGUCAGAGACACUCGCAAGGAAUACAGUCGUUUCAUUUAUUACGACUCUCCGAAGCGUGAAGAAAUGCUCGAGUCGAUUCUCCCAAGAGAUCUUGCGGAUUUCGAGAAACUCAUGAAGGUUCACCCAGGAGAGUUCAUCAUUGGUGACAAGCCCAACUAUGCCGACUACAUCUUGUUCGAGGAAUUGGACGUUUAUACUCAUCUGUACGCUACGAUUCUCGACAAGUACCCGUCGUUGAAGGCAUUCUGGGUGAAGAUGUGGCAGAGACCAAACCUGAAGGCGUAUUUGGAGAAGCGCAAAGCUGAUCGAGUCUGGAUUAAUGCUAUCGAGAAGGGAUUAGAUUAA